AUGUCAUCAAGGAUAGUCACGUGUAGCGAUGUCAUUGGGACUAAAGGUCAAUCAUCCUUUGUGAGUACAUGGGAGACGCAGAGAGACAGAUACACGCAGAGAGGGAGACACAGACACAGAGAGACAGAAACACACAGAGAGGAAGACACAGACACAGAGAGACAGAAACUCACAGAGAAGGAGACACAGACACAGAGAGACAGAAACACACAGAGAGGGAGACACAGACACAAAGAGACAGAUACACCCAGAGAGACACAGAGACAAAGAGACAGAUACACCCAGAGAGACACAGAGACAAAGAGACAGAAACACACAGAGAGAGGAGACACAGACACAGAGAGACAGAUACACAGAGAGGGAGACACAGACACAAAGAGACAGAUACACCCAGAGAGGGAGACACAGACACAAAGAGACAGAUACACACAGAGAGGGAGAGACAGACUCAAAGAGACAGAUACACACAGAGAGGGAGACACAGACACAGAGAGACAGAUACACAGAGAGGGAGACACAGACACAAAGAGACAGAUACACACAGAGAGGGAGUCACAGACACAGAGAGAGAGAUACACACAGAGAGGGAUACACAGACACAGAGAGACAGAAACAGACAGAGAGGAAGACACAGACACAGAGAGACAGAAACUCACAGAGAAGGAGACCCAGACACAGAGAGACAGAAACACACAGAGAGGAAGACACAGUCACAGAGAGACAGAAACUCACAGAGAAGGAGACACAGACACAGAGAGACAGAUACACACAGAGAAGGAGACACAGACACAGAGAGACAGCGACACAUAG